CGAGUAAAAGCAUUGGGGUUCUCAUUUGAAAGUUUGGUUUCUUCAAUCGGGAAACACUGUAUGACAUAGUCGAUGCUGUCAAAUUUCAAAAAGAUCAAAAAAUGACAAAUGAAUGACCGACGUCAGAACUAAAAAAACAAUCCAUCUCAAAUAAAUGAAAUAAAUUAUUCCAAAUAAUCUUCAAUUGUUGAAAAGAUGCGAGAAGCAAAUUAAAGGUAAAUGGCGAAACGAUUUUGAAAAAGAUUCUGUUAACCGGCUGAUCGGUUACCAUGACAACACACGUUGGAUUCACAAUUUUCUCUUGUUUUUGUUGACUUAAUUUCUUAUUUUGAUUUGCUUGAUUCUUCAAAUAGAGUGAAAUUAAUUAAUUAAUUAUGGCUGAUUUUCUAAAUCAAGUAUUCCACUCUUCUGUCCCAUUCAAUCAAACAAUCCAGUUAAUAAAUCAAAAUAGGAACUUUAAAUCUAUUUAUAAUCGGGAUAAUAAAUAUCAUGAUACCUUCCAGUCUCAUAUUAAUUCUCUUUCUUCACCAACUAGAAGGGUACAUGGAUUUCUGCUUAUUCAAGAAUAUCUCAUGGAAAUGCCAAAUGAACUUUUAGGAGAGAAUUUCAAAAUUGGGCUUCUUGUGUCUCAUACAUUGAGGUUGGAAGGUUUAUUUCCUCAUGAUCCAUUCCUUUUCGAUAGAUUCACCCUUCCAAUCCUGUGA